AUGCAAACAGGUGAAAAACCUUUCAAGUGUGAACAUUGUUCCAAAAAUUUCUUUGACCGCAGUACUAUAAUAAAACAUAUGCGCGUGCAUACUGGCGAGAAACCUUACGCGUGUCCAGAAUGUGGGGCAAGAUUCAGUCAACAAGGAACUCUGAAGAUUCACAAGACAGUACAUACAGGGGAAAAACCUUACGAAUGUCCUGAGUGUGAGAAAACAUUCAAUCAUCAGACAAGUUUGAAGAAUCACCAGAUGAUACAUUCAGGUGAAAAACCUUUCAAGUGUGAACAUUGUUCCAAAAAUUUCUUUGACCGCAGUACUAUAAUAAAACAUAUGCGCGUGCAUACUGGCGAGAAACCUUACGCGUGUCCAGAAUGUGGGGCAAGAUUCAGUCAACAAGGAACUCUGAAGAGUCACAAGAUGGUACAUACAGGGGAAAAACCUUAUGAAUGUCCUGAGUGUGAGAAAACAUUCAAUCAUCAGACAAGUUUGAAGAAUCACCAAAUGAUACAUUCAGGUGAAAAACCUUAUGGGUGUCUGGAGUGUGGGAAAAAAUUCAGUCUUCAAAAAAGUUUGAAGAACCACCAGAUGAUACAUUCAGGUGAAAAACCUUACGAGUGUCUAGAGUGUGGGAAAAAAUUCCGUCAACAAGGAACUCUAAAGAGUCACCAGAUAGUACAUUUAGGUGAAAAACUUUACGAGUGUCUAGAGUGUGGGAAAAAAUUCAGUCGUCAGAGAAGUUUAAAGAGUCACCAGAUGGUACAUUCAGGUGAAACACCUUACGAGUGUACAGAGUGUGGAAAAAGAUUCAACCGUCUAGGAAAUAUGAAAAAACAUAGGAUGGUGCAUACAGAUAAAAACCUUUCAAGUGUGACCCUUGUUCCCAAAAUUUCCUUGAAUGCAGUACUAUAA